AUGUCGGCAGUUGUCGGGUUUAGCGGGUCAGAAGAUAAGCUGAGGUAUCCGACGAGGGGCGCACUGAUCAGGUCCUGGAAGCGAGACAAAGAGGUCGAAGGAGGGGCAGAGGCCCUAACAAGUAUGCUACAGGUUGCUACUGCACUGGAUGCUGCGAGCCCGUUGAGGAUGGAGGCGGUCCAAACGGAUGAUGAUGAUAUUGGCUACGAUGACGUGGUUAGUCCACAGCCAAACAGUCCGCCUUCUGAGUCGCAUGUCAAAGAUUUUUCCAUCAAGACUUUGUCCACAACAAGUUGGGAGUGUCGGGUGGAUGCUGUGAAGGCUGUGCGCUAUCAGCUGCCUGAAAUUGUGGAUGCUUUGAUAGCUCUGAAAGAAUACGCUAAAGAGAAGAAGGUUCCAGAAUGUGUCUCCAGUGCUGAAAGCAUAAUUGAAGACAUGAUGAAAUGGCCUUUUAUGUUGAGUACCAUUCUAUGGUACAAUGUGAUGAGCCAAAUUAAUAGAGUGAGUACAAUUUUGCAGAGCCCCAGUGUUUCAAUUGAGACUAUGAGGAGAGAAAUCAUGGCAGUGUCAAAAUACCUUGAGGGGUUUCGAGAGCAUGGUUUUAACUCUGCAAAAACAGAUGCCAGGGAGAUUGCAGAAAAGAUGGAGGUGGAGAUGAGCCGGCCUGUGGUACGCAGGAAAAGGAUCAAAAUGCAGUUUAAUUAUGAAGGCAAAGAGCAAACAGUGUCUUCUCCAGAAGAGCUUUUCAAAAGAGAGUUUUUCCUCUACCUAGUAGAUACAGCUCAGGUCACAAUAAAGGAGAUAUUCUCACACAUACAGGCUUUCUUUGAGUUGUAUGGAUUUCUCUACUCCACUGACACAUUGAGAAGCACAGAAAAGGAAGGGAAGCUUGAUGAAUGCUGCUAUAAACUUGAGCAAGCAAUGGAGGAUGUCGAUGCACAUGACCUGAAGAUGGAAAUAAUUGGUGCUGGGCUUUAUCCAGAAGAAGAGAGGGAUAACAUCGAGGAAGUGAAAGAAAUAGAAAGACACAGGGAGUGGAUGGAGACAGGGACAGUGAGAGAAGUAACACGGCAGAGAACCUGCUCCAGAACACACUUGGCUGGGGUGGAAGUUGUGUUGGACUUCCUCACCGACCUUGGACUGAGGAAAUACUAUCCCAACAAGCUCACUCUACUGUCUUUUUUGGAAGUCAGCAAAAGCAGCAUCAACAAAAAAGAUGUCUAUUCAGUUGAUGAAAUUCCACUCGAUUUCCUCAGAAAACUGUUCAAAAUCGAUGCUGAGUGCAGGAACUGUACACAGACAUGCAACCAGGAAGAAACUGAAGACAGCUUUGACAUAGACGACAUUUUCACAGACACGGGAAAUGCCGUUCAUCCUCUUGAUCUGAUAGUAGGUCUUUUCCUUUGUGCUGAUAACUUCUUGCAACAGGAAAUGGCUCUAAAGAUGUCAUUAUGCCAGUUUUCUGUCCCACUGUUGUUGCCCCACUGUAACAACAAUCAGUCUACUCUGAUGUUAUGGACACUGAGAGAAAUUGUAAAAGAAUGGUGUCCACAUGACUUGUGUUUUACAAAAGGAUUUGUGGAGAACAACAUUGUGCAAGCAUCCAUGCCAUUUUUUUCCUUUGUGAGGCUGAAAAACUGUAGUUUAUCCAAAUCUCAGUUCUUGAAUCAAAUCCUCAGCCACGGCCAACAGAAUCAUAGCAUGUUCAUACACAGAGAAAUGGAAGGAGGUGAACGGACAAGAAAAAUUGCAAAUUCUUUGGUGGAGGUUGGCUGGUUCCUUCCUUGUGGGAAAGAAAAUAUUGACGUAUUUCCAGAGCCGAUUGCGUUCGCAAAUUUGCGAGGUGAUAUUUCUGAGUCGCUAACACAGUUUAGCUUCCUUUAUGAAGUGUCCAAUGUAAUCUUUGUCUUCUUGGACAAAGUUGAAGAAAAGGAGCACCAAAUUUUGACAAAACUUCAAGAUGGAAAGUCUAAACUCUAUUGUGUGGUUCAUCGCAGAGACAAUGCCUUGGAGGACUUGGCCUCUGUCAAGAAUACAGUGCAAGAACUGGCUUUACCAAACAGCAAUAUUAAAAUCAAAGACUCCGGGGUGAAUAUAGAAGAGUUUUCUCAGAAACUUUGUGAAACCAUCAAGAACUCGCUGCUUGAUGUGAAAAAAACAAUGAGUAUUGAAAAUAUGAGCGCAAAAGCAAUUGAACUGGGACUGUCAGUGGAUGAAAAUAUAACUCUUAACCAGAAAAGAACUGCUGAAGAUAUAAUGAUGGGGAUUGGUGCACGAAGUAUACCACAUUACAAAAAACAAAAACUUCCUUUGCAGGGAGAAAACUGGAAGAAGUUAUCGAAACUGGAGAUGAAGGAAUGCAGAAUAAAAAAUGCUAGCACAGUGGGUGGUGAGCAUUACAAAGCUCAGCUACAAGGGGAGAAACAAGAGAUUUGGAAAGAACAACAACAAAUAAAACGGCCAAAAGGAAUGCAAGAUUUUAUUGACACCUUAGCAACAAGCGACAAAGAAAGAAGACAGUACUUCUUGAAGUGGAUGAAAUUCAUAUUCAAUACCCACUCUCGUGAUACGCUUACUGCCCUGCGUAACAAAUUCAAAGAGCUUCGCAAAAGUAAGGAUGCCAAACUCAUUGAAGAGAUUGAUCAAGAAUUAUUGGACAGCUCUUUAGGAGUUGAGCAUUACAUGAGAGAAAUGGGAUUAAACUAUGAAGUUUCCAUGCAGUCAGAUGAUGGUGCAGAUGAAUUGUCUUAUUUGCCUUCUGUAGCUGCUGAAAUGCUGCUAGAUGGAUAUCCGUUGGAGUUUUUGGAUGGAGAUGCUUCAAAUAUCCCAGAGAAGUGGGUAACCGCUGUGUUAAUGGAGCUUCACAAGAAAGUCGGUGGCAAAAGCAGGCUGCUAGCAAUAGCUGUGUUGGGUGUUCAAAGUUCUGGAAAAUCAACACUUCUCAACACCAUGUUUGGUGUUCAGUUUCCUGUCAGCAGUGGCAGAUGCACAAGAGGCGCCUACAUGCUAUUCCUCAAAGUUGGAGAUGAUACCAAAGAGAAAUUGGGUUGUGACUUCAUCCUCCUCAUUGAUACUGAAGGUCUGAAAUCCCCUGAUCUUGCACAAAUAGCAGAUAGUUAUGAGCACGACAACCAGCUGGCAACCUUCGUCAUAGGAUUAAGUGACGUCACCAUUAUAAACGUUGCAAUGGAGAAUGCAACGGAUAUGAAAGACGUCCUGCAAAUUGCUGUCCAUGCUUUCAUUCGAAUGAAACAAGUUGGGAAAAAAACGGUUUGUCACUUUGUGCACCAAAAUGUUGCUGGAGUUUCUGCUCAUGCCAAGAACUUGACGGAGAGACACCAUCUACUGGAUCAACUCAAUGAAAUGACAAAAAUUGCGUCUGAAAUGGAGAAACAGCCAACGAUUCAAGCAUUUACGGAUGUGCUCGACUAUGACGUAGAAAACAGCAACUGGAACAUCCCAGGACUUUGGCAUGGAACGCCUCCAAUGGCACCAGUAAACACCGGUUACAGUGAGGCUGUAGCAGACUUCAAGACAAAUCUUCUGGAGACCUUGGGAAAAGAAAAGCGAAAUGACAUUAAAAACAUCCCAGACUUUCUUGAAUGGAUGAGUAGUCUGUGGAAAUCAGUCAAAUAUGAGAAUUUCAUCUUUAGUUUCAGAAACACACUAGUGGCCCAUGCUUAUGACAACUUGUGCAAAGAGUUUGGUGAGUGGGAAUGGCAGAUGCGAAAAGAAAUCCUCUCCUGGCAGAAAGAAGCGGAGUUGGAAAUCUUAAAUGCUAACAACGAAAAACAUUCGCAUACAUUGAUCAAGACAAAGAAAGUAGAAUUAUCUGAGGAAAUUAAAAAACAGGAAGGCAAAUUAAUUGAGAAGCUCACCAACUAUUACAGAAGGACAGACAGACAUGUUAAUUUGAUAGAGAAAUACAAAACUGACUUUGAAAGUUCUAUCAGCAGUCUGUCAAAUGAGAUUCAAUAUUCAGUGAAGACUGAAUUGGACAGAGCCCUUGACCGCAAAAUCGGCUUGCUAAAGGCGCAGGAUAUACAAGAGAAGUAUCGCAGUGUGAUUGAAGAGAGAGUCAUAAAACUUCUGCAUGACUUCAAAGACUUGAGCAUGUCUGAUGACCAACUGAGAGAGGAGUUUGAGAAAAUGUGGAAUGCAGCUACUGCCAAUGUUUCCACAUUGAAAGAACAAGAUAUACCUGCAAAGGUUCUCAUCCAACUGAAGAACAAUUUCUCAAAUCGCAAAGUGAAUGAAAACUUAGGACAUGUUAAAAGCCUCGAGGAUUUAGGAAAGGGACCAUUUGAGAUAAGAGGUUACCAUGUUGACUCUAUAAUUAAGAAAUUUCAAUUCAUGUGCACCGGACAGUUAAAGAGUUUUGCUAACAAUGUAAUUGAUCUAUCUGUCCAGUUUGCUUUGGACAAAUGUACCUCUGAUGGUGAUUACCAUGAUUUUUUCACGAGGGAUCUGCUGCAGAAGACUGACGAGUUGCUCAAUGAAAGUUACAAGCGUCAUCGUACCAACACUCAGUUUGAGAUUGACCUCAAACUUCACAUUUGUGGCAUUGCUGCUCGAGAAUUCCUGCAAAUGCACAAGAGAUUUUUGUCAAAGAAUGAUCCCCAAACACAGCUGGAAAUGUGUAAGCAACAAUACUUAUCCGACUUUCUGGAUUUAUACAAGGAAACCGAUCAUUGCCAACGCAAAGCAAAUGAUUUUGCCCAGCUUUGCAUCAAGCCAGCCAUUAUGGAUUGCAUCAACAGAUCUUUGGGAAUUGACAUUGUGGACGACAUUUUGGCAAGCAGCAUUUCAAUAAUGUACAGUUCGCGGUCCUAUUUCCAAUACAACAUUCUAAAAGAGUUGUUGCUGAAAGAUGAUUUCAAGAGAUUUGUCAAGUACAUUUUGUCCUAUGAAACAUAUGUUAAGGAUCAGAUUCUUCUUCAGAUCUGUCAAAAAAUGGACAAGGACAAGACGUUGUUUAAAUUAAAGAAGGAAAAAUUGGAAGCUUUAGUUUCCAAAAUAAAACAGGCAAUGAACCAGGCGUCAAUCACGGUAUCAGACGACGUUGGAGGGGUGACGAUGCUCGUCAGUGAAAUGCGCAAAUAUCUGAUUAAAGACAUCGUCGUAUCAGAGGAGGCACUAAAGGCCAGUCUGUUUCAGAUCAAAAGCUCAUGUCAGUCGUUUACAGAUAGCUUCAUUGUGUCCUUGAAUAAAUUACAAGACGAACUCCUAGUUGAAUUUUCUAACACUGAAGACAUGAAUGAAAUUUUAAAUAAACUUGCCAUAAAACCACAGAACGAGCUAUUCAAGAGAAUCUUUGGAUGUGGACAGCAGUGUCCAUUUUGUAAAGUCCCGUGUGAAGCAGGGGGCAAAGAACACAAGAAACAUCACGCAGCGGUACAUCGACCACAGGGCCUUGGUCAAUGCAGAAAUCAAAUCAAUGAAAAUCUAGUUGAAACGAUAUGUACAACUGAUGUGCAGAGUGAUGUUGAAUUUUUGGUCCAUGGAACACAAAACAAAUGGAUUGCUUACCGUUACUACAACACCCUAUUUCCUGAUUGGCACAUUGCCCCAGACCUUACAAUGGAAUCAUCUGAUUACUGGAAGUAUGUGCUAGUACGUUACAAUAAGCAGUUUGCUGCAGAGUAUAAGGCCAAGCCAGCAAAUGUUCCAGAGGCCUGGAACAGAAUCACAAAAAAGCAAGCGCUAAAGGGUCUCCAGGAUGCUUUCAGCAUUAAAGAAUGA